AUGAACGACCGGUGCGCCUCGACUGGCCGCGAAUGCACUAGGGGAUACAAAUUCCGCGUCGAAAAGGGUGAGCUCGGACCUCAGGUAGACGUACAAGAAGAUACCGACACUGACCUCCUCGCAAGGACUCUUCCCGGCGCGCCAGAAGUGGAUCAAAACGCCGAAACGAUCGAGUCGGGCAUCGAUGCUGUCGGGCCUGACGUAGGCGCAGUAUCGUCAGAGGCACAUCUUUCCGUUGACACUCAACGGGAUGACUCUGCCAUUAGGCCACAAGAACCACCGCGCAUGUUACAUUUUGCUAGUGAUACCUUCCCGGAUGGCCCGCAACCGGCUGCCUCUGCAGAACCAGGCUCGCCCACUGACCGUUUCAUUUUGCAUGAGGAGCUCCUAGCACCCGCGGUCCGGUCUGUUGGUGAGAACAUUCGAGGCGGUCAUAUCCAUGAAGCCGCAGCACGCACUUAUGUCGACAGGCCUGCAUUGCUCUUGCGCGACAGACAAGAAGCGAUCCUAUUUCGACACUUUCUCGACCUGUGUGAUGCUGCGCAGUCCUUCGAGACUGUUGUACCGCAGCGGGCCGCCACAUGCACCAUCCUGCUGAAUGCCAUCCUCGCCCUCUCAGCGAAGCACCUGAAUCAUGUCGAAGGGUUUGACCCCUACGCGUCCGAUCGGUAUCACAAGGUGUGCCUCAAUGCACUAAUUCCCAUGCUGAGCCACGACGCGACAGUGUCGGAUGAGAAUCUAUUUGCGGCGACCAUCAUCCUAAGGGUGUGGGAGGAAAUGGAAGUCAAGCACUCGGGAAUCGACGCGCAUAGCUACUUGCUAGGCAUCCACGCUUUUGUUCACGGAGGAGCCAGAUAUCUCAAGCCGGGAAGCCUGAGCGCCGCGUCAUUCUGGGUAGGCCUGCGGCAAGAAAUCUACAGUGCCGUCAUGAACCAGCAGCCAGUCCGCAUCAACCUUGUCCACUCGCUGGUGGACCGCACGCUUGGAGAGGCAGACGACUACGCCUGGGCCAACCGGGCCGUGGUGCAUUGCGCCGACGUGCUGAACUUUUGUUUCGGGGACCCCGGCCGACAGCCCGUCAAGUGGUGGGCCGAGCUUGAAAGGUGGAACGGCCAAUGGAACCGCCGCCGGCCGCCGUCCUUCACCCCUAUUUUCUCCAAGGAGCGGGGCGAGGGAGAUGCAUUCCCCGAGGUCUGGUACCAGAGCAGCUGCCACGCCAUUGGCGUACAACACCACCUCCUCGCCGAGCUAUUCCUCGUCUCGUUUGAUCCCAAGCUUCCCCGCAUCGGGAGCCAUCGCAAGGAAGCUGCCAAACGGAUAGAUGUGAGUCCUAUCUCGAUGGCGGUGGUACCGAGCAUUGACUGA